UAAAGUGCCGAGAGAAAGAGCUAGCAAAGACAAACCGAUGAACGGCCGGGUGGAGCGAGAGAGCUGAGGCUGGGCGCCCCCAAUGCUGCUCCAUCUACGGACCGUAUACUAACGGAUCUGUCGUGUCAAAGUAGGGGAUAGAGCCGUUAACGCUUGUUGCUGGCAGCUGCUGUUUUUAUCUCACAUUACUGAGGCGAUGCAGUCCCAGGGCAGCACUUCCUCUCAGCCCUCUUUCGAUUCCCUGAGCUCCAGUGACAGCCUCUUGUUCAGCGACUCGGAGCAGGCGGAAGACGACACAGACGUCUUCCUGACAGACAGCUCUUCCUCCGUCAUUAUUGGUGGGGCGGGCGGGGCUACCGCCAAUGGAGACGGGGGAUCAGAAAGUCCCGGAUCCCACUGGACGUGCGACGGCUUCACCGAUAAAGAGGAAGAGGAGGAGUCAUACAGGUUGGAGACUGGUGGCAAGGCAGUUCACAUCAGCUUGGAUGAGCCAGAUCCCACAAGCCAGAUCCCAAAAUCAGAGGGAGAUCUGCUGUUUGCUCAAAAGUGUGCUGAGCUACAGGGUUUUGUCAGGCCCCUGCUGGAGCUGCUGAAUGGACUGAAGAAGGGCCGAUUUGACCGCGGUCUGAGUACUUUCCAGCAGAGCGUUGCCAUGGAUCGAAUCCAGAGGAUCGUGGGGGUUUUACAGAGACCCAACAGCGGGGAGAAGUACCUGAACACUCUGCUCCAGGUGGAGAUGAUGCUAAAGCUUUGGUUUCCUCAGAUCCCCACUCAGCCUGUCUCUGCAGCGUCCAGCAUCGCCACAUCCCCUGCCCGCUCCCUCCAUGACACCGCGAGCUCCACCCCGCCACACAAGCACAGGGAUCAGUUACAUAUCCCCGUCAAGAAGCGCAGACUCAGCUGGACAGGUACGGACACUCCCACACCUUCCCCGUUGCUUCUCAAGUGCCCUCGUACCGGAGCAGAAGAGAAGACGAUGAAGCAAGAUCAAGAUGAAAGGGACGGCCCUCCUCCUCCUCCACUGGCAUCUGACACAAAUCAAAAUUCACCAGAUGUGGCCAGUAACAGCCAGCUAAAUGAGGACACAAAGGGAAAGGACGGUGACAACGACGAGGUAGGCAAGCUAUCAAAGUACAAAGCAGGUCAAAGCUCUGAGCCGAGCCUUACGUGGGUUCAUGUUGCCCCCAUCCUGUCCCCACGAACGGCCUGCCCCUCACAUGAGGCCACAACAGCGGAGGAUAACAAUGAAACCCAGCCUAUCACUGCCAUCCUCGCACCCAGCAAGAGGGGCAGCCCUGCUACGCAAGACAGCUCUGUCUCUUCUACCACACCCUACAAGCACCCAAAAAAUCUGAAGAAGCCAAUCCGGUGCCAAAGCCAGCCUAGUGCUGGACAACAGAGCGAGAGUGAGCCUGAGCCCAUCACGCCCUGUCAGGGUCAAAGCCAAUCUCCUCAUGUCACUCUUGAGCUUUUGCCAAGGGUGUGCCCCACCCCCUUAGAGACCUGAUGCAUUGAACAGGCCAAGAGCUGGCAGCCUCGGUUUGUUACACCACCGAGCUAAAAGCUGUUGUGAGAGGAAGGAGGGGAGAGGCUGAAGGCCUGUCAUUAUAGAUACAUUAAAGAUACAAAGGGGUGGAAAGUAAUGUAGGUGCUGAGAUGUUGAAGACAAAUGAUAGAUGGCACGCAACCCCUCAUCAAGACCGCAACUACAGCAGUUAUUUCAAACAACAGGAUGUAAUGUAUAUCAAUAAAUCAAAUCUAGUUAAUAAUCGCAAUUCCAUAAUAGUAUAAACGUGCAGAAAGGUGGUUGUGGUUGAUGGGGAUAGGAAGGAACACCUAAAGCUUUAAGGCUAUAUGCAGGUUACUGAGUUAAUGACCAAUAGGAGAGAUUUUGAAGAUUUCAGUAAGCAAAUGCUAAUUCCUCCUCAGCAUGAAAACAAUCAAUAUACUGUAUUCAGAGAUGACUGUUUCAGCAGAAAUCCAACUUGAGGGAUACACUCAAGCAGAAAAUAGAAAAGCUGGUGUCAGUGUUCAGAAUAAAAGCUUCCAAGGUUUAAUUUGAUUAGGUAACUCCAGUUAGAAUUCAAUCCAGAGUGAGUAACACUGGGUGAGCUGCAUUUGAUUCUAGUCUUGGGGCAGGAGACACUUUGACUUUACAUUCAGUUGUAGAUAGGAUUGAGGCAUCUGGCUUGCAGAGGAAAAAGGACAUCGACGUCAUUUGAAAAUCUUGUAGCAAGUGAUGUUAGAAAUACGGUGUACAGAACACAGCAUUAUACUGGACGUGUGGUGUGUUAAUCAUUGGAGACUGUGGGGGGAAAAAAAUGUCAUCAACUCACGAAUGUAAUCCAUGAACUGUUUGGGCUCUUGGCUGGAAGAUCGGCGGCAAAGCAAUCGAGAGGAGUGACAUCACAGCGAUCAGAGGUCGCAUAACUUUUCUUGUCCUGCUGUGGGUCCGACGUUUCUGCCCGGCCCCCCGACUGCAAACUAACCAGUAAUCAGUGUCAUGAAAAUCCAAGGAAGACUUUUAAAAGACCAGCCUGAGGAAAAACAAGGACCACUCAAGGACAUAAGACUCUGGAGUCCCACAGUUAAUUUAUUCAGGUGUUGAUCUGACACUGCUUUUAUUUAUUGUUUAUAUUUAUUUAUUGGGCAGCUGAGUAUCGCCUCCUGUGUGCUUGCAUAGUUUGGCCUACAGUUUUUUUGAGGCAACUGGGAAGAUGCUGUUGACAGUUUGUUUUGUGGUUUUUAUUGCUAUCAUGAGGGAAAAAAACGGAAGGAAGUGGAUUCUUAUGAUUGGAAUAUUGGACUACUGUGCCUUUUUACCAAAAUAGGAUGUGUUCAGAAAAAGCAUUUGGUGCUUUUAGUGCACUCAUACUGCGUUUUGAUAGUUUGUUUGUAUUUCACAAAACCAGUACAACUUCAAUCAUGAAAGCCUACAUGUAGUCAUUUUCAUCUUGCUUCCAAAGCUACACACAGCAUCAAAACCAACGGUAUUAUCAACUAUCUGCAGCUUAUCGACCGGUGUCCAGCUCCAGUAUCCUGAUAUCUACAGUUAAUCCAAACUGCCUAUAUCUUCAGCUUUUACACACACCAACAGCAGUGGCUACUAUUUGUCAUGUAAUAUUAAAGUGUAGCCUUCCAUUGGGGCUUUACUUCUGGUUCUGAUCAACAGAGGAACAGACUGAACUGCACUUCUACCUGGUGCUCUUGAAAACUUGAAAAAACAGAAAAUAUAAAUGUAACCCUCUACUGCUGCUAUUGUUAUUCAAACUCCAGUUCUAAUGUAGAUGUUUGAUAGGAGGCUC